AGGGGUCGGAGUAAGAGAGUGUAAUAAGAGAAAGUAUAUGAACAAAUGAAGUUUUAUUGAUUGAAAGCUAAAUGAGAGUAUUGAGAUUUUUUUUCUCAAUCCCCACUCUCUGGAAAAACGUAAAAAUUAGAUUUUCACCAAUAUACACCCACAAAGUGGUUUAUGGAUAGUAUUUACCCACAUUGAGCAUAGGAAAGAGCCCUAGGACUUCGAUAUAUUUGGUGCUAAAGAGAAGGGGUUUUUUUCCGUCUUUUUGAAAAUAUUUUGGGUUUGUUUGUGAGUUGGGGUUUUUCACUAAGAAAUAAAGGGAAAAAAUGGGACGGAGCAUAUCAAGGUCGCCAUCCUACAGCAGAGGGAGAAGCCGCAGAGAUCGAAGCCGCUCACCCUACUCCAGAAGAAAUCGUUCGAGUGGCUCCCCACGUCGCCGGAGAAGUCGUUCUUCAAGUUACAGGCGGCGCAAGAGUCGUUCGCCGACACCCAGACGACAUAGACGACACAGAAGUAGGAGUAGAAGUAGCUCUUUGUCUCCUCCUCCUUUACCCAAGUCUCCAGGGCCCCGUCUAACCUCAACUGAACGCAAAAAUGGUGCGGAUAAACUCAAGAAAGAGGAGGAAGAAAAAAUCAGGCGUCAACAGGAGGCAGAACUCAAACAGUUAGAAGAAGAGACUGCAAUGAGACUUGAGGAAGCGAUUCGGAAGAAUGUGGAGGAGAGGUUGUCUUCUAAUGAAGUUAAGUUAGAAAUCGAGAGGCGUAUAAAAGAAGGUCAGAAGAAAUUGUUUGAUGAUGUUAAAGCUCAACUUGAAAAAGAAAAGGAAGCUGCUCUUGUUGAAGCAAGACAGAAAGAAGAACAAGCUCGGAAAGAGAGAGAAGAGCUUGAUAAGAUGCUGGAGGAGAAUCGGAGGAGGGUGGAAGAGGCUCAGAGAAGAGAAGCUUUGGAACAGCAGAGCAAAGAAGAGGAACGGUAUCGAGAGUUGGAGCUGAUUCAGAGACAGAAAGAAGAGGCUGCAAGGAGAAAAAAGCAGGAAGAGGAAGAAGAACAUGCAAAACUGAUGAAGUUGUCAAGUAAGAACAAAUCUCGGCCAAAGUCUUUUGGUAUUGGUUUAUAAUGGUGAUAUGUGCCACUGUUUUCAUAGUAUUCCCAUAGGCUUUUGACUGGAAGUCUGAUUGACAAAUAUCACUGUGAUAUAUUGUUUUCUACUGCAUAGCAUUGUUUCUCUCUUUGAUUGCUUCAGGAUAUGAAGGCCCUCAAAUUGGUCAGUUGUUGACAUUCUUGAUUGGGUUAAGGUACUAGGACAUUGAACUGAUUUCUGUAAUUUGUUUUAAAGAAAUACCUUCGUGAUGGUUCUAGUUCUUGGUUAUUAUUUCCUUAUUAGAGAACUUACAAUAGUAAAUAAAUCUGUGAAACAAUCCACCAUCAUGUGUGCAAUCCAUGAGUCUUCAGUAAACAGUUAAUGCAGGACAAUGUGGGAAUUUAAAGGACGCAGAUGAAUUAUGAUUGGGAGAAAGUGAGAGAAAGGGAUAGAUGAAUUCAAAGAUAAAUAGAAACAUGUAAGAUGAAAGUUUAGAGAGAUAGAGAAAGUUAAUUUAGGGGUGUCAAGCAAUUUGAAACUGUUAAAUUUGGGGAAAACUCAAUCGAAUCUAAUGUUGGCGUGUUGUUAUAAGUUUGGAAUGCAAUUGAAUCCAAUGUCGUUUGGCUAGGAUCAAAUUGGAUGGUCAUUUUUUUCAGGAAGAUUCAAAGUUCAAAACAAAAAUGUUUUGGUUUUAAAAUGUACACAAGCAUAAAAAGGCUUAGGCCAUUUAUAGUUUGGUCUAUUGUUUCAAAUGCUUAUAAGAUGCAUAACAUUACGAAAUCAACUCAACUGGAUUUGUUGGAAGUGGGAAAUCCUUCAAUGAUUAUAUUGGUUUUCAUAUAUUUUUAAUUCCAAUUCAAUCCAAUCCAAUCUGUCAAAGUCAUCGAGAAAUUGCUGAGUCGGGUUUUCCUUUUCUUUAUCCCUUUUCCACGCACUAUUACAUAGUCAAUUAUAAUGAACACAACACCUGGGCACAUGUAUGUCCUUAGUUGGUAGUAAAUUAAGAUAGAUAUGUAGAAGGUAAAUCUGUCUGCACUGGUAAUAUUUGAUGGAAUAUACUACUACAUAGCGUCAUUGAUAUUU